GAACAGUUAGCAGUGCGCAGUUUACGUAUCUAUGCGGAAAACAUCCAGGACCAAAGAGCUUCGGCGUGAGGCCGGGAGCCGGUGAGAAGGAUACCCGUGAUGGCUUCGCGUUUGAUCGGUCGCUUUUCGGCUUUUGUUUCUCUCCUCCUUGCCGGCUGACCGUCUCGUCACGGCGGUAACGGAGGGAAGCUAGCGGUUCUGAGGGUGAUGCAACCAUGAAGUUUCACAAUGGAAGAUGCUGUCCAGCUCAGAGGACUGACAAAGUCAGAAGAAGCACUGCUAACACGAAAGACCCAGAGCUCUAGGAGAGAACUGCUUGGAUGUGUUUUGGUUCUGUGGACUUUACAGAAUCAUGUGCGGAAAGCAGGAAACGGACAGAGUUUGAGUCUUUUGAGUGUAGGAUGUGCCUACAGCAGCGCACCAAUCAGCAGUAUCGGACCGAGUGCAUGUGGGUGCAGUGAUGUGAGAACACAUCUCUCUGAUGUCCAGAUCCUGACAUUCAGAACCCAGCUGUGAUUCAGAACUCGGCUGUCGGUUUCAGUAGGAAAACAGGGGCUACUCACCAAAGCUGAUGUCCACUCUGCACAGCAACGCACAUCUUCACUUUUUUGACCAAAAGACAGAAAAUUGAGACUCUUGUCUUCAUCAUGCCAAGGAACCAAGCUUUUGCUGAACCAGAGUAUUCUGCAGAGUACUCGGCAGACUGCUCUGUGACCCUGCCCUCUGACCCUGGACAAGCUGUAGGGCGAACACACGAGGUCACGGUAAGAAGCUCUGGAUGUUGCCUUUGCCUUCCACGCUUUUUGCGCCUCACGUUUGCUCCAGAGUCUUUAGAGAGUCUCUACCAAACAUACUUCAGACGACAGAGACAUGAAACGCUGCUGGUGCUCGUUGUGUUUGCUGCCCUUUUCAACAGCUACGUCCUCUUCUCCUGUGUGAUGGUCUACAGCUCUGACAGGCUCGCCAGUGUUUUGGUGGCAUCAGCGGGACUCACCGGUGACAUUAUUCUCUACCUACUGUGCCGCUUUGGGCUGCUUCCAGACCGCAUCUCGAGACGGGUUGUGCCAUAUGCUCUCUGGGUGCUCAUAGCAGCUCAGAUAUUUUGCUACCUGGGUCUGAACUUUGCUCGCUUUCACCAGGCCAGUGACACAGUAGGCUGGCAGGCUUUUUUCAGUUUUUCCUUUUUCCUUACACUACCUUUGAGACUGACGCCCAUUGUGCUCAUCACCACUGUUUCCUGUGGGGUCCAUACCCUGGUUUUAGGGGUCACCAUUGCCCAGCAGCAGCAACAGCAGAAUGAGGACAUUCAAGGGGCAGCCCUUGCCAGACAGCUAUUGGCCAAUCUUGUGAUCUACAUUUGUGCCAUUACUGUGGGAGUCAUGUCAUACUACAUGGCUGACCGGAAACAUCGGAAGGCCUUCCUGGAGGCAAGACAGUCAUUAGAGGUGAAACUUAACCUUGAAGAGCAGAGCCAGCAGCAGGAGCGUCUUCUGCUUUCCAUUCUGCCAAAACACAUAGCAGAUGAGAUGCUUCAGGAUAUGAAGAAGGAGCCCAGUCAGAAAGAGAUGCAGCAGUUCAACACCAUGUACAUGUACAGACAUGAAAAUGUCAGUAUUUUGUUUGCAGAUAUUGUAGGCUUCACCCAGCUGUCGUCUUCUUGCACUGCCCAGGAACUGGUGAAGUUGCUGAACGAGCUCUUUGCUCGCUUUGACAAACUUGCUGCAAAAUACCACCAGCUUAGGAUCAAAAUUUUGGGAGACUGCUACUACUGCAUCUGUGGCCUUCCAGACUACAGGGAGGACCAUGCUGCCUGCUCCAUCAUGAUGGGCUUGGCAAUGGUGGAAGCCAUCUCGUAUGUCAGAGAGAAAACCCAGACUGACGUAGACAUGAGAGUUGGAGUUCACAGUGGAACUGUUCUGGGUGGAGUUCUGGGCCAGAAACGAUGGCAGUAUGAUGUUUGGUCCACAGAUGUAACUGUGGCCAACAAAAUGGAAGCUGGAGGGAUUCCAGGUCGUGUUCACAUAUCACAGAGCACGAUGGAGUGUCUUCAUGGUGAGUUUGACGUGGAGCCAGGAAAUGGAGGAGACCGCUGUGACUACCUGAGGGAGCGAGGUAUUGAGACCUACCUGGUGGUGGUUCCAAAAGGACCACAGGGAAAGUCCGUCAUCAGUGGAGUGAAGCUGUCUGUGACCUCUUCCAAUGGAAACUCCCCACUGCUAAUCAACACCACAGAGUGUAACGGCAGCGUGAAUACGACCUGCACGACACCAGAAGAACCAGAAGAAGUGGACAUGAGGGUGGUAAAUCCGUCUUUCCCAAAUCCUCGGAGGCGUUUGCGUCUGCGGGACCUGGCUGAACGGGUGGUCGAUGCUCAGGAGAAUGAACAAGAACUCAACAAGCUGCUGAAUGAAGCACUGUUAGAACGUGAGACAGUUCAAGCACUGAAGGGAAAGCACACCAACAAGCUGUCCCUGAGGUUUUUGGAUCCAGAACUGGAGACACGGUUUUCUGUUGAGAAAGAGAAGCAGAGCGGAGCGGCUUUCUGCUGCUCCUGUGUGGUUCUUCUCUUCACUGUGAUCAUGGAGGCCCUCAUCGACCCCUGGCUGAUUUCAAACUACAUCACUUUUGCAGUAGGAGAGGUUUUGCUGCUCAUCCUGACCAUCUGCUCUCUGGCAGCCAUUUUUCCCAGGGUCUUUCCCAAAAAGCUGGUCACCUUCUCAACAUGGAUCGACCACACCCGUUGGGUUCGGAACUCCUGGGCCAUGGCAGCCAUUUUCAUUGUGACUAUGGCAGACCUUGUUGAUAUGCUGAGUUGUCUGCCUCAAGUCCCAAAUUCAGGCAGCACCACAAAGGCCCCCUCUUCUUCUUUUCCCUCACGGCCCAGCCUUGAAGGUUGCCUGAACAAUCCUAAAUAUUACAGCUACAUGUCUGUGCUUGCACUCAUGGCCACCAUCAUGCUGGUUCAGGUCAGUCACAUGGUCAAGCUCACACUGAUGCUGCUCAUAACAAUGACAACUGGCAUUGUUAAUAUCUACAGCUGGAAGGAGAUCUUUGACCGCUAUGACAUGCUCCGCUUCCAGGAUUACAGGUCAAAAAUUCUACCUUCCAACAUCACAGUGACUGUUAUGAUCUUCAUUAUGAUGGUCAGCUUCUAUUACUUCUCCAGACAUGUGGAGAAGCUUGCUCGAACUCUCUUUCUGUGGAAGCUCGAGGUCAAUGAGCAAAAGGAGAAGGUGUAUGAGAUGCGGCGCUGGAACGAUGCUCUGGUCACAAACAUGUUACCUGAACAUGUGGCCCGACACUUUCUGGGCUCCAAGAAAAGGGAUGAGGAGCUGUACAGCCAGUCCUAUGAUGAGAUUGGAGUCAUGUUUGCCUCAAUUCCCAACUUCUCUGACUUUUAUACUGAAGAGAGCAUCAAUAAUGGUGGCAUUGAAUGUUUACGUUUUCUCAACGAGAUCAUCUCAGACUUUGACAGUCUGCUAGAUGAACCACAAUUUCGCUGCAUCACAAAGAUCAAGACUAUUGGCAGCACCUAUAUGGCAGCAUCAGGUGUCACCUCAGAUAUCAGCAAUGGUUAUACCUGCACGAAGAAGGAAGAGCAGUCUGACCGAGAGCGUUGGCAACACCUGGCAGACCUGGCAGACUUUGCUUUGGCCAUGAAGGUCACCAUCAUGAAUAUCAACUACCAGUCAUUCAACAACUUCAUGCUGCGCAUUGGUCUAAAUAAGGGCGGGGUGCUAGCAGGGGUCAUCGGUGCACGCAAGCCUCACUAUGACAUCUGGGGCAACACUGUGAAUGUGGCCAGUCGCAUGGAGUCUACAGGGGUGAUGGGAAAUAUUCAGGUUGUGGAGGACUGCUACAACAUCUUGAAGGAGUAUGGUUUCCGCUUUGUCAGGAGAGGGCCCAUCUUCGUGAAGGGAAAAGGGGAACUCCUCACUUAUUUCCUCAAAGGAAGAGACAAACAAGGCUCAUUUAUUAAUGGCUCCUCUGUAACUCUGCCACACCAAGUGGUGGAUAGCUGAGUAUCACAACACACGUUCUUUUACUCUUCAUCAGUCACUGUACAGAGUGCAGCAAUAUGCUGUAAAGGGAAAUCGCUCAACAAAACUCAGUUUAAAAGCUAAAGUUCAGGAAACACCUUUAUGAGUCAGCAGCUCGUUAAAUAUUUUAUCAUUUGGAAAAAGAUCUAAAGUUCAGUCGGUCUAUCCAAUGAAACAUGCUUACAGAGAAGUUAUCUGGGCAAUUUUGUUUGCAGUUGUGAUGAGGAACAUUGUUGAUGCAUUUUUAUCCUGUUUUUUUAGGCUUCUCUGCUGGAUUUGGUACUUGUUCCUGCCUACUGGUUCUGGAUUACAGAUUAAUUUGUAUUUACUGCAUCUGGAUCAGGGACUCAUUCCCACCGACUUGUUUUGGAUCAGGAACUAUUUCCUACUAACACCUACUAUCCAGAACUGGGUUGUGGUAUAUGGUUCUGGCACUCAUAAGUUAGCAGGAACUCUUUCUCCCCUCACAGAUCUGUAGUAAAGGCUGGUAAGCCCACUCACCAGACUUUUGUCUCAGUAAAAAACAUCAGCCGACCACCAGAUCUACUCUUCAAGCCUUCCAGAUGUUCAUGGCCUAACAUUAUUUUUAUACCCACUAUUUCAAACAGCACUUCCUACCAGAAUAGCUAGUCGAUUGAGCAAUUAGGCCCAUUAGGUGAAAUCCUUCUCUUUCCUUUUUUGUCCUAUUAUGGUGAGAUUUGAGGUAAUACAUUUCUUUAAUUUUUUUUUCUCUGUCUACAAAAUUAAUCCUCCAUCAUUUUGUACCUACUGUUGCUACAAAAACAAUAAAGAGGAAGAAGUGUCAACAAAAAUAGAGUGAAAAUCUGCAGCGGGAACCCAGAUGUCCAUUCAGGCUGAGUAUUAUAUUAUCAGGAGGGUCUGUGCUUGGAAAUAGAGAAAUGUUGACAAGCUACAUGGCUGAUAGCACAAUGAAACAGAUUUUUAUAUAUUCCAUAAUCUCUGUUACAUACGCUCCCCUUUAUGGCCACUGGAUGGCCUUAGCUGCUCCCUCCUCACUUGGCUUCGUCCCCCAGCUGUGCGUAAUCACUCACUCAGAGCUCAGCUGGUAAAAAGCUCCCCCGGGCAUUCAGUGAGUGAGAAGGUACAGGGACGUGUGGGCACAAAGGUGUUCAGACCUCUCUCUUCUCCUCGAGUGCUUGGUUGUUAGCUUCAUCCGUAUUCUCGUUGGUAAACUCGUUAGGAUUGACUUUUAGUAACCUUGACCGUAGACGGCCCUUUGACUUUGAUUUUGGCUGUGCCCGAGCAUCUCUGCCUUUCAGGACUGCACUUGUUUUGUUUAGGAUUGCUAGUAAGAGUAUUUCAGUUUGUUAGUUUCUUUCCCCCCAAAGCCCCUUUUGGCCUGGCGCUUUCAGUUAGUCUUUUCCUGUUAUAUUUAGAUAUUUCGGUUUUCGGGUACUUAGUGAGCUGACACUUGUUGUCCCUACUUUGUGUUUGUUAAAUAAAAUCCUUUGUUUUAGAGACACAACUACUCUGUUAUUGUUAAUCCCACACACAUCAUCGCUCCCUCCUCCCUAUCACUCCCAGAGAGCCGAGGGACGUAACAAUCUCAUCCAAUCUUACAUUUUGUUCACAUUUAAGAUGAGGUGAUUGUUCCAUCAUUCCACAUCCCCUCCUUUGUCCAGACUACUAUAUUUCUGAUGCUCCUUCUGCUUGAAGUCAGUGAUGUUCUUAAUCUUUUACCACACAUUUGUUACAUUGUUCUGCUGGGGUUUGAUGUCCAGUCUUUUCUUAGUAUUCUUGAGUUUGAGUUGCUUUUGUGUAUUUCUCAAACUUUCCGGUAUACUCCAUCAAGGCUCAUGUUACUUAUUAACAGUUCCUUCAGGUAUUUGGUGAUCCAGGGUUAGUUAGUUACCUCACUGUUUCGGUGGGUGUGAUUUUUUUUUGCACCAUUAGGUUUAAAUCAGGGAUGUCCCAUUCCGAUAUUGCUAUCGGCCCAAAAACACUGUAUCGGAAUGUAUCGGACUGAAUCAAAAAUCUCUGAUAUUAGCAGUACGUUCUGCUUUAAAUUCCAUUCCAGCAAUUCUAUCCAGCAGUGCCCAGAUCCAGCAUGCAAAGUCCAUGUGAUCAGAACAGUGUGUGCUAGCAAAGUAGCAAGGAACAAUGUCGGCCAUGUGGAUGUAUUUUUUGUUAAAGUCCGACAAAGACAGUUUGGCUCAGUGCAACACUUGUCAUGCAACAGUUUCUCGUGGUGGAACAGAACUGGGGAAGAUUAAUACGUCCAACCCCGUCGUGCUUUUGAUGCAGGAUCGCAAAACAUUGCAUGAGGAUAUUUUAUACUUACUGUUGCUGGCUUUUGUUUUCUGUUUGAGUAAUGCCACUUGAUCAAGCCUUUCUACAUUCCACACUAUGAGAUAGGUAAAGGUAUGUAUGAUUUGCGCUGAUAUUGUAUCGGACUGCUAUCGGUAUUGGUGAAUACCGGAGGAUGCAGUAUCGGUAUUGUAUCGGAAGUAAAAAAAAAGUUGUAUGGAGGCAUCCUUAAUUUGAAUAGUCAAUCUCACACUCAGUCAUGGCAUUGAUGCCAUCUCCACGUGGUCACAGAGGGCAUCCCAGUCUUGUUGGAGUUAAAGAUAUGAUCUUGCAGCAAUGUGUCUGUGAAACACAUCACUGAUAGACCGGCUAGAUCGUCAUCAGCAUUUCAAGUUUUUUCGUAUAAUUUGUGAGGGGUUUCAUAUUGGUUUAAAACGGUGACAGUUUGUUUUGCUUAGAUUAGCCAGUAAUAAGUCAGACUUAUUUCUGGUAAGGUUUGAACUCCUGGGUUCCUCAGGUUCCUUAGGUUCUGUUCAGAACUUUAGUGGACUGUGUUGAGGUGAAACCAAGUAGCAAAGGUUCUCGGGUUUGAAGGAAUUUGGAUUGAAUCACUGCUUUAACAGAUGAUGAGGUUCUCUUGGCCUGGUUGAACCAAGAUCUCUAGUCGGCACUAUUAGGCCGGGAACAAGGAGCAUAAGUCAUGCCCAUCUAUUUCUAGACGAUGGGUCCCCGGAACAAAGAAAAAAAUGAAUGCAAGUCAAUGGGGCUAUAAAAGCUAUUUUCUAAUCCCGUUUGAUAUGUGGGGUUAAACUAGACCAAACAUGGCAUCAAUAGAUUAGUAACUGGUUAAUUUUCAGUAGCCUGGCCUACCAGACUCUUCCUCUGUUUAAUUUUGCACAGAGAAAGGGUCUGGGAACUCUUAUUCAAAUAACCCCACCCCGUGACAAUUCUAACCGAACCAAUCAGCGCUGAGUAGCAUACGUUACACACCACAACACCGAGUUUGUUAUAAACAUGGCGACUGAAGUGGAGUUCACUGCGGCUCUUUCUUCUGUUCUAAAUGACUUGGACACAUCUUUAAAACAAGUAGAAGCGCUAAAAGCCUUUCUUCUAAAGAAAGAUGUUUGCGCUGUUGCCAGACGCCAUUUUUGACUGCAGCUAAAAAACUACAGCGUCGCGGACGUCACACACAGCGACGCUCAGUUUCUCAUAAACAACGAAGACAGCGGCAGAGUUCGCUGCAGCUCUUUCUUCUGUUCUAAAUGACUUGACUGUCUUUAAGCCCACAACAAGUAGAAAGCGCUAAAAGCCUUUCUUCUAAAAAAUAAAAGAUGUUUGCGCCGUCGCCAGAUGCCAUUUUUUGCUACAGCUAAAAAACUACAGCGUUGCGUGGUACAGUCGGCAUUUCCAUCUUUUUUCUAAUUGGUUAUUUUUGAGCUGCCUAGUCCCGCCCCUCAUGUGCCUCUCUGCCUGUGAGUUACCAGACUUUUUCUGUGCAGAAGGACGAGUCUGGCAGGCCAGGCAAAAUUUUCAGAUCAUGACAGAAAAAAAAAGACAGUAGCUGUAUCAUAGAUCAGUGUUUAUCAGCCCUGGUCCUGAGGACCCACCUCAUGUUGCCCUUUCAAACACCAAUAUUUCUCUGCUGCUACACACCUAAUAUGGCGAGUCAUGUAUGAGUCAUUAACUAGCAUCUUCAGCAAUUGAUGUCCUCCUGAGGAUGCAAUUCAAAUAUGUAAAUCGGGUGUGCUGAAGCAGAGACAUGGGAAAUACGUAGAACAGUGAGUCCUGCGGACCAGGGUUGGGGAACACUGUCGUAGAUGGUAUGAAAAACGUCUAAACCAGAGACGCAGUGACCACGGCAAGCUUGUUUUGUCAACUCCGUCUACUGGUUAUUGGUAUGUUGCAGCUUUUGAACAUGUUGCAUUAAUUUACGGGGAUGUGCACAAAUGACAAUGACAUUGCAAGUUAUGCAAGCUAGUCAUUUUAAACAUUUGUACGCAUCAUUAAGAAGCAAGUGUUACCCAUUCCCAAUACUCGCACUUCCACACUUGCACCCUUCAAUUGCUCGAUCCUGCCCAGAGAUGCGUAGGGUGUGCCGAUUCUCAAGUGCAGAAGUUGAUCUCGUCCCUUUUGUACCCUUGAUCUGCACUUCGCCUAAGUCCGCAUCGAUGCAGACUUGGGUGAAGUGUAUUACCCACAAUCCUUUGCUGUGAGAGAAAAGGCUCAAGUGACUUUUCUGAAAAUAUGUAUUUUCAAAUGAAAGUAGUUCAUUUUAGGAUGAUUACUUGAUGCUCUAAAUGUUUUAGACAAAGCAGCAAUGCAUGUAAGUUAAUUUCAAAAAUUUGUUUGGUUGUUGGUUUAAAAAAUUUUUUUUUAAAGUAGCACAGCGACCAUCAUCCCGGCAUGCAUUGCAGUCGAUGACACAAUGCUCCCUGUCCCAAUUCUGCAAUUAUUUGCACACUUGUGCACCACACACUCAAAGCCUUACUUCCUCUUAAGUGCACUUCACAGAAGACUGUAGGGUGCAGUGCGAAUAUUGGGAUUAGGCCUAUGUUUCUGAACUUACCCCUUCUUUCCACCAGACAUGAAAGCUCCGCAAAGCGUACUAUGUGGACAGGUUCCUUUCCACCAACAGCAAAGUCUAACGUUUUGGACAUGCCCCUGAAGCAAGGGGACGAAAUGAUUAAAUUUCGAAUAUAUUGUUUUACGAGAAACACUUCCAAAACACAUCAAACUCUGCAGACCGGACAGGAAGUCAAACACAAAAGCACUGUAAGACAUCCGGAAACUUUAAAAAUAAAUGUCACAUGCAAAUAAACGUACGUCAUUUAAUGUGAAACCCCCGUAGCUGAUGUAAACAGCUUAAAUCAUGCAUGGUGUUUUAAUCCCCCUGUGAUUUUGUGACUUGGCAAGACCAGCAAUGCUUUCACUCCCGUUUUGCAUCUGAGUCGCUCACGGUGGGAAGGGAGCUCACAGGUAAAAUGCGACUUUCACAUCCGAUGGGGGUUAGAGAGGUUUAAUGUGAAGCAGUAGUGAUGAAGAUGAACACCUCAGAACUUUUGCUUCCAGGUCAAGUUUGGGAAUGAGUCACUAGUUUUGUUGGAGGAGUUUAAGGAUCUUAAUAGGAUGCAGAAUAGCUUCUGCAUUGAUGGACUCUGUACUAUAGUGAUAAGAGAGUUAGUUAAAUGGCGAGGCUGCACCUCAACCAAAAUGUAAAAAAAAAAACUGUCAGCAGCAGGAAGGACAAUCUCACCAAUAAACUGUUUAAAGAAUGAGGAUGAAAAAUCCUCUUGAAUAUCUUGUUUUUCACAUGUGAUGUGAGCACUGAGAAUCAGUCCUACGUUUUGAAGUUGCCAUGUUUUAACUUCUGAGCUCAGGGAGGCUUCAAGGAAUGACUCUGGAAACUAAGAACCGUGUAGAUUAUUUCCAAUCAACACUUUACCUUCAGCACUAUUUAUUUAUUACAUAAAGGGAAGGAUAUCGUUGGCAGCUGGGCAGAUGGGUCUAAUGACACCACUCCCCAAGAGUAAUGAACAGUUUGCCUAACCACCCCAUUACCCUUUUUAAAUGAAGAUUUCACCUGCAUUACUUUUACUUUAAGAUGUAAUGAUAAAAACUUUUUGAAAUGAGGAAAGUGCAGAGAUUGGUUUCUGUCUGUAUAUUGAAUAUUUUGGAAUAUAUUUUUGUUUGUUUGCUUGUUUCCUUGGUCAACCUAAAUGUAAAAUGUUAACUACGAAACUGACUUUUACACAUCCAGGUAACAUCUAAACUGGAAGAGAUUAAAUACUGGAGCGGAAAUGUGUCACCUCUGUUUGUGAUCAUGGGUUUUAGUUACACUAAAUUAUUUUUGGACUCAGCAGGGCAGAAUGGACUAAAGAUGGUGUCAGAUUUGGUGCUCCAUGACUGGAAAUUUGCACUCAGCGUUAGAGUUUCUGUGAACAAGAAUAUUAGAUAUCUAGCCAAUGAACUUUGCCCAUCCUGUGGAGUUUAUUCCAAUUUUUGUUUAUAAGUUGAAGAAUUUCUAUCUUUUAAGUUGAUUGUUGUCAUUAAACCGAUGAAGAC